CAGCAUCAUUCGUCGUGAACUGUUCGAUAACCGCAGAUCAAAACACCAACCACCAAUCACCAUGAAAUUCCUGAUUGUCUUCGUCGCCCUCUUCGCCCUGGCUCUGGCCGCUCCUGCUGAUAAGGAUGUUUCAAUCGUGAAAUCGAAUUCUGAUGUUGGACCCGAAAGCUUCAAAUACGACUGGGAGACUAGCGAUGGCCAGUCGGCUCAGGCCGCUGGUCAGCUGAAGAACAUUGGAUCCGAAGACGAGGCCAUCUCCGUCCAGGGCUCCUACAAGUUCGUGGGUGAUGAUGGUGUGACCUACGAGGUCACCUACAUCGCCGAUGAGAACGGAUUCCAGCCCCAGGGUGCCCAUCUGCCCGUUGCCCCCGAGGCCUAAGAUGAGUUGCUUUCAACCGAAGCAGCUUAGGAGCAAACCAAUCCUAUACAAUUCCUUGUUAAAAAUCCCGAACUUUAUCAAACCGAACUUGUCCAUUAUUUUAAAGGAUGGGAACUAAGUCAACCAACCCCACUUGUUAAAUAUUAAAAAAUUAUUACCAGAA